GGGAUAAUAAUAAAGACAUUCACUGACAGAAGAUAUCACAGAACAGUCAUGGAAAAAACGGAUCCACCUCCAUACACACAGCAACCAAUGCCGCAGGAGCAGACACUGCCACCGAUUGCAUCGACUCAGCCGCCGAUUAGUGUUACGCCAGCGCAGACCUAUCAGCCGUAUCCUGGUGGACCAACACAGCCGCCGCUCUAUCCGCCUAUGGCACAGCAGUCGGGCCCAACCACGGUUGUCAUACACACAACACACACAAGACCCUUAGUGCCCGUUGGCACGGAUCCGCAAUUCUUACGUUGCCCAUUCUGCCAAAACGAUGUGGUCACCACGAUUCACAAGGCGCCCACCUUAACAACGCACAUGUGGGCCAUGGGCUUAUGCCUAAUUGGGUGCUGGCCUUGUGUUUGUAUACCGUAUUGCAUGGAUACCUGCAAGUCGACCGAUCAUUACUGUCCCGUCUGCAAAGCCCUUGUGGGCCAACGAGUGUUAAAUUUGUAGUGAAUUACUUACUCGAGUGUGGCUAAUUAAAGGAACUGACCUAAUGUGACAGAGCUUUGUUAACUUAGUUCAAGUGAUUAAUAAUAAUAAAACAACGACGCAACGGAAACUAA